AUGUCCGCCAUCGCCAGCCGAGCUAUCAUCCGUGCGGCCACCCGCAGACAGGUCUCUACUCUCCGUGCCGCCGCCCGAUCCAUGGAGUCCCAUCCCUUCGAGAAGCUCCCUGCCACCCAGAAGGUCGCUUCCGGUGCCUACGGAAAGAUGGCCAAGAGCGCCGCUACUCGCCUUGCCUUCUUCUUCCCAGGCAUUGCUCUUCUUCUCGGAUGGCCCUACCUUAGCAAGGUCGGCCUCGACGGCCACGUCCAAUGA